UUUUCGACGCAGCAAACUGUGGUCACACUUCGCUCCGUGACAUCUCUAUCAUCGAUUAUUCUGUCUCUUUUUCUUCAUACGAAAAAAUAGUUCAACUGUUCAGACGUGUUUAGAUGUCGUGAUAAAUCCAAGCAAAAAGUUGCGUAUUCCGAGUGUUUUCGUGCGUAUGCAGAUAGAUAUUUGCAUUGCCCAACCGUUUUACAUAGUUAUCGUGGCGAAAACGGCGUUUUAAACGCGAAAAUCUAAGCAAAAAGUGCCAGUUCUCGGAGGCCAAAAAGUAGGGGCUUAAAUCGAAAAACCCAAAGGUAAGUUCAGGUAAAAAAGAAAUUAGCAAAGAACCAAGAGGGGGAGAUUGCGGGAGUACCAUGUCGGAGGCCAUGAGUGCUCCGCCGCCUCUGAUUCCGCAGCUGCAGGAGAUGCAGCAACAACAGCAGCAGCUGGGCGGUAAUCCCGCCCAGCUCGCUCAGCAGUGGAGCAACUACGCCUGGUAUGCCAACCAGAAUGCCGCCUACCAGCAGCAAUAUCAGCAGUACUACCAGUGUUACAUGCGCUACCAGCAGCAGCAGCAACAGCAGGUAACCUCGACGGUCAGUGCGUCCAAUGCGCCGCCGGGCUUCAGCAAUGCGCUGGCGCCACCGCCACCCCUACCCUCAGGACCGCCCCCUCCGCCGCCGCCGAAAAUCGGUUUGCCACCUGGCCCAAACAAGCAACAGCAGCAGCAGCAACAACAACAGCAGCAGCAAAAGAAUUUCGGGGGCAUACGCUUUAAUUUGAAUUUAAACCAAAAGCGUUUGGCCGGUGGUCCCAAUCCCCUGCAGCAGCAGCAGCAACAACAACAACAACAGCAGCAACAGCAACAACUUCAACAACUUCAACAACAACAACAUCAUCAGCAACAGCAACAGGUCAUGCAAAUGUAUAAUAACAACAACAACAACAGCAGUAACAGUAACAGCAACAAGAAGAAGCGCAAGCGCAACAACAAAAACAAGAACUUCGAGCAAUCAGCAUAUAGCAAUCCGUUUGCCAAUCAAGCCCCUGCAACACCCUUAGCUCCACCGCCGCCCAUUAUAAGCGCCAGCGAUGUAGGUGUGCCAAUCACUCCGGAUUUGAGCAAACCACCACCACCAUUACCCCUGGCCAUUGUGGCACCCACAGAGAAUCCCCAACAGCAAAAUCAACAGCAACAGCAGCAGCACAAGGCAGCCGCUUCUCCCGCUCCAUCCCAAACAUCCAAUUUUAAGCGGCCAAACAGUUUUCAAAUGGCGUCUAACGACUCCUGGCCCGAUGCCCUCAACCAAUAUGUUGCCCGUUGCUACUCCAAGUGCAACACGGAUCUGGAUAAGGAUCAGAUUGACAUUUGUCUGAAAGGCAAGAUUAUAGCGGCGGCCAAUCGCAACGAGCUGUGGACACGUGACUGGGACAACGAGCCCAUGCCUACGGUGCACAGCGAGAGGGACGGCAUCGAUGUAGUGCUAAGCAAUGUGGUACCGCCGCCGCAGCAGCGAAGCAACUACUUUCAGAAGAAGCAAGAGCAGGAGAGGGAGCGAGAGCGAGAACGCGAAGCGGAUAAGUCGCCAGCCAAGGGUUCCUCGGGUAUAGUGAAUCAGUUCAAGCAGAAGGGCAAUCAAUUCAACAAGUCUUCAUCCGGCUACGGUUCUCAUCAUCAUUCUUCGUCGUCUAAGUACUCCAGGAGUCGUUCGCGAUCGCCGUCAUCUUCAAACUCGUUAAAGUACUCGAGCAAGAAGCGGUACUCGCGUUCGCGCUCUCAUUCGCGUUCCCGUUCGCGAUCCCCCCGCUCCCGAUCAUGCUCCCGCAGUAGCGAUGCCAGCAAUCCCCCGGCGCGUAAGGUUAUCCGCAAAUCGGGCUCGAACGAAUCUCUGAAUUUCAUACCACUCACCGCGAAUUUAUCCCGCAAGCAGCAGAAAAUGCUGAUGAAGAAGGGCAAGCGCGCUGCCGCCAUGGCCUCCGCACAGAUUAAAAAAAAGGAAACACCUCACUUUUACUCCAACCAGUCGUCUGUUGGUGGUGCCGUUGAUGAUGACACAGCGCGCUUGCAACAGCGUGCGGCACGAUUCUCACAGCAGGGCUCCAGCUCGGCCAAGAAAUCGGUCGUCGCCAUUGCAAGCUCACCGUUUGGUCUCACCACGGCCAAGAACAAGAAGAAAAUGAUGCAGCAACAGCAGCAGUACCAUCGGUCAGCUUUCUUCGAGGACACAGAGGCUGCUAGCGGCUUAGAUCUUCUCGAUUUGCACAUUGUAGGAACUUGUAGGGAUCUAGAAAAAUCAUUUUUGCGCCUUACAAAGGCGCCGUCACCAUCGGAAGUGCGACCUGUCGAGGUGCUCACCCACUCCCUUGUUAAUGUGAAAGGCAAAUGGCGUGCCAAUCAGGAUUAUCACUAUGCGUGUGAUCAGCUGAAGUCCAUAAGACAGGAUUUGACAGUCCAGGGUAUUCGCGAUCCUUUUACGGUGGAGGUGUACGAAACACACGCUCGCAUUGCCAUGGAGAAGGGUGACCACGAGGAGUUCAAUCAAUGCCAGACGCAACUUAAGAUGCUGUACAUGGAGAUCGGUGGUAAAAACGCCAAUGCCCUGGAGUUCACCGCCUAUCGCAUACUCUACUACAUUUUCACAAAGAAUACUCUGGACAUCACCACUGUCAUGCGAUCGAUUACGGCUGAUCAACGCGAAAAUCCUGCAAUUGCGCACGCUCUUCAGUUCCGAUCUGCGUGGUCGCUGGGGAACUACUGCAAAUUGUUUUCCCUGUACAAGACGGCGCCUCUAAUGUCCGGCCAUAUGAUUGAGUGGUUCCUGGAGAGAGAGCGCAAAGCUGCUUUGCGAGUUAUCAUUAAAUCUUAUCGUCCCAACAUUAGCGUAGAAUAUAUUGCCAAUAUCCUGGCUUUCGAUAGCUCAGAGAAGUGCAAGGAAUGGCUUGACACUUUUAGUUUGCCAUAUGCCGCCAAUGGUGCGCAAGUUGAUUGCAAAAAUGCAGCUGCUAUUGCUAUUUGAGGCGAAUUUCAUAUAGAGCAGACUAGCUGCCAUGAAGCCUCAUUCGAUUUUGUACAUGAUUUUUGAACUUUUCGGAUGUUAGUGUCCUUUUUCGGACUGCGGAUGCAACUCUCUUGGCCCUGUUUUGCAAUUUUUGUAUAUAUUUCUUUAGAUCGCGAUUCCCUUUCGUUAUAAAAUUAGGACUUGAUUUACUCCCAUUUUUAAGCUGAAGUCUUCGCUUAUUUAGGACGAGCUGUUCUUCUUAGAGUUUAAAGACUUUAGAAGGAAACUAAUUUAACGCAAAAGGAUACAGAAACCAUCACAGGAAGCAUAUACUUCACGUAUUUAAACACAAUGUUGAAUAAUACAAAUUAUACCGCCUACUGGGGAUUACAUCUGGAGUAGUCUUGGAUUUUACUCUAUGAUCGAUGAUGCCAUACUCCGGCAAUGAAUAAUUCAAUGCUAGCAACGGA